CCCAAUUCUACGAACAAGCAUAAGCGACUAGGCCUUCAAAUGUUGAACGAGCUCAGUCGCGUGGAGAUGCUUGUCAGCAAAAUCGAGGCUAUGAGCAAGGUAAAAGGCGUAUUUUACAAAAUUAAUCGAGCCAAUAAAAGGUAGAGAGUGCCCAAUCAAUAGAUCCUUCACAAAACAUGUGGCUAACUGUAUCACUGUGGAUGAGUAAGUGCAGCACGAGGAGACCACUGCAGAAUUGGCCAAAACAGUUGCCCACCUGGAGCAGACACUAUAUGCAUACGAAGUAGAAAAUGACCAAGGCGCUAGGCUUGAAAAUACAACAGCCCAUAUGAUGUUACAGCGGUACAUGAUUAGAACUGGGCUUGCGGAAAUGUUCCCCAAGUCAUCUGAAUACCUGGGCAUCGAGCUGAUUUUACCACGUGGUAGUCUCAUUGAAGCCCAUUUUCGUCAGAUGUCGGUUAUCAACCAAUUGGUAUCUAUUGCAAUGCAGCUCCAAAAUGACCUUCGACUAUCGAAUCACAAGUUUAUGGCUCAUCAAGUGGCACUUCUUUACCAAUGUAUCAAUCAGGCAGGACCUCGGUUUUCCACAAAAUACAAAAAUCGUGUCGAAGAGAACUUUAACGAACUUAAAGAAACCGCAAAUACCACUGAUGAGCCUCGUCUACCCAUUGAACUCCAGGCUUGGCUGACUAACCUCACAACAGAUAUUGUGUCCGAAGCACUUUUCAGUGGUUUGUCUGUUUGUCAACAGACAUCAGAGGCAACCCAUUUGUCCGAUUAUAUCAACCGCGUCUCAUCUGGUGGAACGUUGGAUGAAGACACCUGCACAAGCACAGUGACGCUGUAAUUUUUUAUAUUCGGUCAUAUUUGCCACCAAAGUAGAGGCA